AUGUCGAACCAAGAAGACGCACCUUUGCCGGAGGGUUGGGAGAUGCGAACCAGCCGAUCAACGGGUAUGACGUACUUUCUAAACAUUUACACAAAAAAGUCGCAAUGGGAACGGCCUGAAGCACCAGCUGAUCCUGGUGAAGUUCGAUGCAGCCAUAUCUUAGUGAAACAUGCUGAAAGCCGCCGGCCAUCUUCAUGGCGCGAAGAAACAAUUACCAGAACCAAAGAAGAGGCUAUGGACUUGCUAAAAAGUUACCGUAAGCAGAUAGUUACAAAUGAAUCAACAUUUGUGGAUAUUGCAACAAAAUAUUCCGAUUGUUCAUCAGCGAAACGUGGUGGUGAUCUUGGAAUGUUUGGACGUGGACAGAUGCAACAGCCAUUUGAAGAAGAAGCAUUCAAACUUAAAGUCGGUCAGCUGAGUAAACCAAUAGAAACUGAAUCUGGCUAUCAUAUUAUUUUAAGAACAAUGUAG